CCACUUCUUAGUUGGCCAGUGGCACCUUCCCACGAGCAAGGCUGUCAGCUGUAACCCCUCCCACAAUUCCCCUCAUAUAGGGCCUAGCUGGUAGAUACCCUCUCAGUCCUUUCUGUCUGGUCAGUGUGUACUUCCUUUUGGGGCUCUUGCUCUAACAGCCUAGCUAUGCCUGUGGAUUUCAGUGGCACCUGGAACCUCAUGAGCAGUGACAACUUUGAAGGUUACAUGCUGGCUUUGGGUAUUGACUUUGCAACUCGCAAGAUAGCAAAAAUGCUGAAGCCACAGAAGGUGAUUGAACAGGAAGGUGAUUCAUUCUCCAUCCAAACCACCAGCACUUUCAGAAGUUACUUUGUCCAGUUCAAAAUUGGAGAGGAGUUUGAGGAAGACAAUAAAGGCCUAGAUCAUAGAAAAUGCAAGAGUGUGGUUACCUGGGACAAUGACAAGCUUGUUUGUGUCCAGACUGGAGACAAGAACAACAGGGGCUGGACUCAUUGGAUUGAAGGAGAUCAGCUAUAUCUGGAGCUCCGCUGUGAGGACCAAGUAUGCAAACAGGUUUACAAGAGAGCUUGACUUAGUCCAGCCUUGACUGACCCUUGAAAAACACAUCUGUACAGAGCAGACCUACAUGGAACUUAUUUCUUUAGGAACAUGGGUUUCUACAUGAUAUCUGUAGGUCAACACUAAGCAUCCCUUGAUCAGGCAUGUCUAUUUUUUUGGUGGUGUACUUGCUCAGUAUGUAUUCUGAUCAGGAGAAGAUGUAACUGCUUGCACUAGUGUUGCAGUUCUGCUCUUGUUAAUAAACACUUGAAAACAA